GUCAUCUGCAAACAUGGUUACACGCAGACUUGUCGCAUGGGGAAGAUCGUUAAUGUACAUGAGAAACAAUAGGGGCCCCAAGAUGCUUCCUUGGGGAACGCCACAGUCACUCUUGAGGCAACGGAUGAACAGUUAACGGCGUCAACUUUCUCGCUAAUGCUGCCCACCUCUGACGACAACCAUUGAGUAGCAAAUCACGACGCUUCAAAAAUCUGCCGGAACAUCGGAGUCCGUGUUAAUCUUCUUUUGGGAAACGGGGCAGAGCAAUGCUUCAACUCUAACAACAACUCAUGGAUGGCUGUCCCAGAUCCGCAGGGUGACUAGAAAAAUAGUAUGUGGUGUGUCUUUAAGUGCAUUUUGAAAGGCAUUUAAUAUGUAAUCGUGCGUUAAGCUCGACUUGGAAGAAGAGGGAAAGUUUUUGUUAUGGAUUCGUGACAAGAAGAAAAAAGACGUGAUCAAAGCGACUUUGCGAUUUCGAAGUGAAACCAAAGGUGGAAAAGGAAUUUCAAGAACAGUUUGAAAAUAAAAAAUUUCAUUAAGUCUCGCUUCUUGUUCUCGUUGAACUGAAUUCGAGCAAUACGUGGUAACCGUGAUCUAGGGUGACCAAUACAUAUUAUCCUCACACAUCAUUAACUCGAAACGCUUUUGGAUUUCAAUGGAGUCUGCAAAGUUUCACCCUUCGCGGAUGAGUUUCUUAAAGGUACUCCUUGGAACUGCCAUUGGUCUUUUUGCACUCUCCACCAUGUUCUUUGCGGCUUCAAAUCGUAACGAGCGGAUUCUGAUAUUAACCGAGCAAGAAUGGUCGAACUCAGUCUCAAACCAUUUUGGCGACUUGAAUAUGUCUGCUCUGUGCCAAGAGGACCAAAGACGCUAUCACCGAAUGAACUUUGAUGACUUGGAAAGUUUAUCCCCAGCCAGAGUGCGCUCGUAUUUUGCUCAAAUCAUCCAAUUUCCCGUCCAAACUGCUUGCGUUACCAUGAAACGAAUAGGUGGUGGAAGAUGGCGUGGGCAUUGCUACGAUGGGCACAAGUACGUUUGUCUCGAUGACUUUAUAUCCAAGAGAAGUCAUCCCAUCAGUCUCGAUAUUCGUCCAGACGAUGAUGAAUGCAUUGUGUAUUCUUUUGGAGUGUCCAAUGAUCUGAGCUUUGAAACUGGGAUGACAGUCUUUGGUUGUCAUGUCUUUGCUUAUGACAAGGAUUGGACCCAAAUCAUGAAAGAAAACAAGAACCCCAGAAUAACUGUUGAUAAAGCUAGCAUCAAUGGUAACUCUGAAGAUUCCGUGACGUUUAGUCAGCUUCUAGCCAAGAAUAAUCAUACCUCAAAGACGAUCAAGUACCUGAAGGUUGAUAUCGAAGGAGCCGAGCGGAAAGGGUUCAAGGAAUGGAUUAAUAGUGGAGCCAUGGACAAUGUGUUGCAAGUGGGUGUGGAGUUUCACAACACGGAGAGUUUCGCGAGAGAAUAUUGGCGAAUAACAAAAGGUCUUCAUCAGCUUGGAUUCAUUCACAUCUCAUAUGACCCCAAUCUCUGCGUUGGAAGGGGUCCCACUUACUUCGAGUGUGUUGAAUUGGUAUUCAGAAAAACAACCUUGGACUGCCCAUCACUUGUUAUUGAUUGAAAAUGUCAUUCCAAGCUAUUAAAUAUCACUUAUUUAUAUCUAAAA